UUGUUGCCCCCUUCCCCCAGCAUCACGAAGUACUACCGCUUGUUGCCUGGUCGGCUGUCUGACAAGUCGCAGGGCUGCGAAACGAUCUCCUUAUAUGGUCAAGGAGUUGCAUUCGUUGCGAAUACAAUUAGCAUAAUUUAUCAAUAAAUCUGCGAGUCACGACUUUCUAGUUCUCAUUCUAGUACAGGUGGUUGUUGAGUAAGAGCAUCAAGAGAAGGAUUCUACCCAUUCCCUCCAGAUUAUCUUCUGAUAACCAAAUACCCACCCGACAGACAUCAUGUGUGACGACGAUGUCGCUGCCCUGGUCAUUGACAACGGAUCUGGCAUGGUAAAGGCCGGUUUCGCGGGCGACGAUGCCCCACGAGCUGUCUUCCCAUCUAUUGUCGGCAGACCCAGGCAUCAGGGCGUUAUGGUUGGAAUGGGUCAGAAAGACAGCUAUGUCGGAGACGAAGCACAGAGCAAGAGGGGUAUCCUGACACUCAAGUACCCCAUCGAGCACGGCAUCGUCACCAAUUGGGACGAUAUGGAGAAGAUCUGGCAUCAUACCUUCUACAACGAGCUUCGUGUCGCCCCCGAAGAACAUCCAGUACUCCUAACCGAGGCUCCUCUGAACCCCAAGGCCAACAGAGAAAAGAUGACACAGAUCAUGUUUGAGACGUUCAACACACCAGCAUUCUAUGUGGCGAUCCAGGCAGUUUUGUCCCUCUACGCCUCUGGUCGUACCACUGGUAUCGUACUGGACUCUGGUGACGGAGUAUCUCAUACUGUACCCAUUUAUGAAGGGUAUGCCCUCCCACACGCCAUUCUCCGUCUGGACUUGGCUGGACGAGACCUUACAGACUACUUGAUGAAGAUCCUGACAGAGAGAGGUUACUCAUUCACAACAACAGCUGAACGUGAAAUUGUCCGUGACAUCAAGGAGAAGUUGUCGUACGUGGCCCUCGAUUUCGAGCAGGAGAUGCAGACAGCAGCUUCCUCAUCGUCACUAGAGAAAAGCUAUGAACUACCAGACGGUCAGGUCAUCACCAUUGGCAACGAGCGAUUCCGUGCCCCUGAGUCUCUUUUCCAGCCAUCAUUCCUUGGUAUGGAAUCAACAGGAAUCCAUGAAACCACCUACAACAGCAUCAUGAAGUGUGAUGUAGACAUCAGGAAAGACCUAUACGCCAACACUGUCCUCUCCGGUGGAACAACCAUGUUCCCAGGAAUCGCUGACAGGAUGCAAAAGGAGAUCUCGUCACUUGCUCCACCAACCAUGAAGAUCAAGAUCAUCGCUCCUCCAGAGAGGAAAUACUCUGUAUGGAUCGGAGGCUCUAUCCUUGCCUCUCUCUCCACCUUCCAACAGAUGUGGAUUAGCAAACAAGAGUAUGAUGAAUCUGGACCAAGCAUUGUUCACAGAAAGUGCUUCUAGAUCCGUGAAGACUUUAUUUCUGCUUUGGACAUACCCAAAAGCAUUGUCGAAUAAAAGGGGAAAAGGGAUAUUUAAACAGAAGAAAGUGUGAUACGACAUCAGUGGUCUUGUUUAUCAAAACCAUGCAAGAUAAGAACUUGAAAGACUACAUACUGCGAUGUGACUGAAAAAACAACAUGUUGCUCAAUUGUCCCGCGUUUUCACCUAUAUUUUGUUUAAUUUAGUUUAUUAUCAAACGCAAGAUUACACUAGCCUUUUCUCUUGACAUUAGUAUGAGAUUUUUAAUCCUUGGAGUAACAGUUUUAAGGUGCAAAAUGCAAAGGACUCGGUCUGGAACUGUAUUUGCCACUAGAAAUCUUAAACUUUAACAACAAGCUGGUUUCUGAAAUAAUUAUUGACAAUAGCUUUGCAGGAUAUGAAACGAUAAAGUUAUGGAGAUAUGUUUAUUUUUAUUUUUAAUAUUUGUUUUAUGUGUACAUUUUUCUUUUUCUCUUCAUGCUUUCAUUUCAUAUCUUUUAAUUUCAUUGAAACUGAAUGAAUACAUUUCUAUCACAAACUACAA